AUGCUAUUUCUCUUGGUCCUGGGAACUCAAGAUGACGCGGGGGGACUAAUCUUGGAUGUUCUUUUUCUUCAAUCUAGGCAGGGUCUGGCUCAGAGACAUAUUCAGAUGAUUGCCCUCGCUGGCGCAAUCGGUACUGGUCUCUUCCUCGGUUCUGGAGGUGCUAUUGAGGUUGGUGGCCCCCUGGGUGCCUUGCUCGGUUACUUCUUGGUCGGUAUCUUGGUUGUAGGAGUUGUCAUGUCAAUUGCUGAGAUGAGUACCCUCGUGCCUCUCAGUGGAGCCAUCAUCCGACACGCCGAGUAUUUCUUCGAUCCAGCUCUCUCGUUCGCCCAGGGCUGGAACUCGGUGUAUAACUACCUCGUCUCGAUCCCCGCUGAGCUGACUGCUGCGGCGGUGAUUGUGUCGUACUGGGAUGCGACAACCACAGCAGCCGCCUGGAUCAUCCUGUUCGGAGGCCUGCUGGUCAUCGCCAAUCUUCUCUUCGUCCGUGUCUACGGUGAGAUGGAGUUUGUGUUUGCGACCCUUAAGAUCAUGCUGAUUGUCGGCCUGAACAUCAUGGCGAUUGUGAUUGUUUCUGGAGGAGGUCCCGACCACCAGGCGAUUGGUUUCAAGUACUGGCGCAACCCAGGUCCGUUCACCCAGUAUCUGGGCAUUGGAGGAUCCCUCGGCCAGUUCCUGGGUUUCUGGAAGACCUUUGGCAACGCCGUCUACUCCUACUCAGGUGUUGAGAAUAUCUCCAUGGCCGCAUCCGAGACUCAGAACCCUCGUCGCAAUAUUCCUAUCGCUGCCAAGCGUAUCUUCUGGCGUGUGGCCAUCUUCUACGUGCUGAGUAUCUUCUUCGUGGGCAUGCUCGUCCCCUCCGACGACGACCAGCUUCUCAAUGCCGAGGCCGGCACCGCGGCCGCCUCGCCCUUUGUCAUCGCCGCCACCCGCGCUGGAAUCAAGGUCGUGCCGUCCAUCAUCAACUUCGUCGUGCUGACGAGCGCAUGGAGUGCCGGUAACUCGUACAUUCUGGCCAACUCGCGUAUCCUGUACGGCAUGGCCCAGGAGAACCACGCCCCCAAGAUCUUUCUCCGUACCAACAGGAUGGGCAUUCCUUACGUCGGCGUGUCCUUCACCUCCAUCUUCAUCUGCCUUGGCUUCAUGUCCCUGUCCAGCUCCGCCUCGGUGGCCUUCACCUGGCUCCAGGAUCUCGUCUCCGUGGGCGCCCUGGUGACGUGGUCCGUCAUCUGCGCCGUUUACCUCCGCUUCUACUACGGCAUGAAGGCCCAGGGCAUCUCGCGCGACGAGCUUCCCUGGAAGGCCCCCUUCCAGCCGUACACGGCCUGGUUCUCGCUGUGCUUCUUCAUCCUGCUGCUGCUCACGGGCGGGUUCACGACUUUCAUCAAGGGUGACUGGUCCACCGAGACCUUCAUCUCGUCCUACAUCGACAUUCCCAUCUUCUUUGCCCUGUACUUCGGGUACAAGAUCGUCAAGAAGACAAAGAUUGUGCCCCUGCACGAGAUCCCCAUCCGGAGGUUCAUCGAUCUCGCAAAUGCCAACCCGGAGCCGCCUGUGCCGCCCAAGCAGGGCUGGAGGAAGCUCAACAUCCUUUGGGAGUGA